GCCCCUGCGCCCUAGUCCGGCCUCGUCGGCGGGAGCGCGCGGAGACGCCGGGGCGCCGGGCGAGCCAUGCCCACCAACUUCACCGUGGUGCCUGUGGAGGCGCGGGCGGACGGCGGCCAGGAUGAGGGUCCCGAGCAGACCGAGGCGCCGGGCCCCCCCGAGGGCGGUGAGCCCAACUGCCCGAGCCAGGGAGAUGGAAACCCCGGGGAGAACAGCCCGUUCAUCGGCAGCAUGGACGUGGACGGAGAGAGAGCCUUCGAAAGGAAGAGCAUGGCGCUCUUUGAGGAGGAGAUGGACAGCAACCCCAUGGUGUCCUCGCUACUCAACAAGCUGGCCAACUACACCAACCUGAGCCAGGGCGUGGUGGAACACGAGGAGGCCGAGGACAGCCGGCGGCGCCAGGCCAAGAGCCCCCGCAUGGGCACCCUCAUCGGCGUCUACCUGCCAUGCCUGCAGAACAUCCUGGGUGUCAUCCUCUUCCUGCGCCUGACCUGGAUCGUGGGGGCGGCCGGCGUCCUGGAGUCCUUCCUCAUCGUGUCCAUGUGCUGCACCUGCACGAUGCUGACCGCAAUCUCCAUGAGUGCGAUCGCGACCAAUGGCAUGGUCCCAGCGGGCGGCUCCUACUACAUGAUAUCGCGGUCUCUGGGGCCGGAGUUCGGGGGCGCCGUGGGCCUCUGCUUCUACCUGGGCACCACGUUCGCGGGGGCCAUGUACAUUUUGGGGACCAUUGAGAUUUUUUUGACCUACAUCUCCCCCAGUGCGGCCAUCGUGCGGGCUGAGGGGGCGGGCGGCGAGGCCACAGCCCUGCUGCACAACAUGCGUGUGUAUGGGACCUGCACGCUGGCCCUCAUGGCCACGGUGGUCUUCGUGGGCGUCAAGUACGUCAACAAGUUGGCCCUGGUGUUCCUGGCCUGCGUCGUGCUGUCCAUCCUUGCCAUCUAUGCCGGCGUCGUCAAGACCGCCUUCGACCCACCUGACAUCCCGGUCUGUCUGCUGGGGAACCGCACGCUGUCCCGACGUAGCUUCGACGUCUGUGCCAAAGUCCACGCCACCAGCAAUGGCUCGGUGACCACUGCGCUCUGGGGCCUCUUCUGCAACGGCUCCACGGCCAGCAUCUCCUGCGACCAGUACUUCGCCCAGAACAACGUCACGGAGGUCCAGGGCAUCCCCGGUGUGGUCAGCGGCGUCCUCCUGGAUAACCUGUGGAGUGCCUACGCGGAGAAGGGGGUGUUUGUGGAGAAGAAGGGCGUGCCCUCGGUGCCCGUGCCGGAGGAGAGCAGGGCGGGCGGGCUGCCCUACGUGCUCACCGACAUCACGACCUACUUCACCAUGCUGGUCGGCAUCUACUUCCCCUCCGUGACCGGCAUCAUGGCGGGCUCUAACCGGUCCGGGGACCUCAAGGACGCCCAGAAGUCCAUCCCCACUGGAACCAUCCUGGCCAUCGUGACCACGUCUUUCAUUUACCUGUCCUGCAUUGUGCUCUUCGGGGCUUGCAUCGAAGGCGUGAUCUUACGGGAUAAGUUCGGGGAGGCCCUGCAGGGGAACCUCGUCAUUGGCAUGCUGGCCUGGCCGUCCCCCUGGGUCAUCGUCAUUGGGUCCUUCUUCUCCACCUGUGGGGCUGGCCUGCAGAGCCUGACGGGGGCCCCACGCCUGCUGCAGGCCAUCGCCCGGGACGGCAUCAUCCCUUUCCUUCAGGUGUUUGGCCACGGGAAGGCCAACGGGGAGCCCACGUGGGCCCUGCUGCUGACGGCCCUGAUCUGUGAGACCGGCAUCCUCAUCGCCUCUCUGGACAGUGUGGCCCCCAUUCUCUCCAUGUUUUUCCUCAUGUGCUACAUGUUCGUGAACCUGGCCUGCGCCCUGCAGACCCUGUUGCGCACGCCCAACUGGCGCCCGCGCUUCAAGUAUUACCACUGGACGCUCUCCUUCCUGGGCAUGAGCCUGUGCUUCGCCCUGAUGUUCAUCUGCUCCUGGUACUACGCGCUCUGCGCCAUGCUCAUUGCCGGCUGCAUCUACAAGUACAUCGAGUACCGUGGGGCCGAGAAGGAGUGGGGCGACGGCAUCCGGGGGCUGUCGCUGAACGCCGCCCGUUACGCCCUGCUGCACGUGGAGCACGGCCCCCUCCACACCAAGAACUGGAGGCCGCAGGUGCUGGUGCUGGUGAACCUGGACGCCGAGCAGUGCGUGAAGCACCCCCGCCUGCUGUCCUUCACCUCGCAGCUCAAGGCCGGCAAGGGCCUGACCAUCGUGGGCUCCGUGCUAGAGGGCACCUUCCUGGACCAGCACGUGGAGGCCCGGCAAGCCGAAGAGAACAUCCGGGCCCUGAUGGGCGCCGAGAAGGCCAAGGGCUUCUGCCAGCUGGUGGUGUCGUCCAACCUUCGGGACGGCAUGUCCCACCUGAUCCAGUCGGCUGGCCUGGGGGGCAUGAAGCAUAACACGGUGCUCAUGGCCUGGCCCGAGGCCUGGAAGCGGGAGGACAGCCCCUUCUCCUGGAAGAACUUCGUUGACACCGUCCGUGACACCACGGCGGCGCAGCAGGCCUUGCUGGUGGCCAAGAACGUGGAUCUGUUUCCGCAAAACCAGGAGCGCUUCAGCGACGGGCACAUCGACGUGUGGUGGAUCGUGCAUGACGGGGGUCUGCUUAUGCUGCUGCCUUUCCUGCUGCGCCAGCACAAGGUGUGGAGGAGGUGCCAGAUGCGUAUCUUCACGGUGGCCCAGGUGCACGACAACAGCAUUCAGAUGAAGAAGGACUUGCAGACGUUCCUGUACCACCUGCGCAUCAGCGCCGAGGUGGAGGUGGUGGAGAUGGUUGAGAACGACAUCUCGGCCUUCACCUACGAGCGGACGCUGGUGAUGGAGCAGAGGUCGCAGAUGUUGAAGCAGAUGCAGCUGUCCAAGACGGAACAGGAGCGGGAGGCUCAGCUAAUCCACGACAGGAACACCACCUCCCACUCUGCCGUGGCCGCCAGGACCCAGGCCCCGUGCGCGCUGGACAAGGUGCAGAUGACCUGGACGAAGGAGAAGCUGGUCGCCGAGAAGUACCGCAACAAGGACACCGGCGUGUCCGGGUUCAAGGACCUCUUCAGCCUGAAGCCAGAAUGGGGAAGCCUCCCCGAAACCCGAGUGCAUCACACCCUGAGGGAACAAAACGUGCAGAUGAGUCGGGGAACGCUGGGCCGAGUCCUGCACUUCCUGCCGUGUUUUCACGACCUCGAAGUGUCCUACGAGUAAAGCCGCCUAAUUAAAAAGACAAAAACAAACCCGUGGACACAGGAGUGCGUGUCCCCCCCAAGAAGGCGCGGUGAGCCGUGGGCCCGUGCCCCGCGUGCGCCUGCCGGGGGUCCACAGGGUGCGAGCAGCGGACGGAACCCCACUCCCGUCUGGCUUCUCCUCGGGGUGGGCUGGAGGGGCUCCCGGAAGGUUGGAGGUCGGCCCACAAGUGGCACGUGCCCCACUAAAGCUCCCCACGGUGGGCGCCCUGCGGCGGGUUCGCUGGCCCCCGGGCGUGUGGGCGUCUCUCUCUGUUUCGCCAGCCUCCUCCGUGUCUCCGUCUGGAGCCAAGGGUCUGGAUUUCCACCUUAGCCCCCACGGAGCCUUCCUCCGCCCCGGGCGGCCCCCGCCCGAGCCGCAGUUCCCAGCCUCAGAGGACCCCGUGUGGGAAGCCCCUCUCCAGGCUCAGCACAUGGCCACGUGCUUCCAUUUGGUGGCCUCGUGGCCGGUUGUGGAGGCAGUGAAGGUUUCCGUUAACUUCCUGGACACACGGGCUGCCCCGCCCCACGUCCGUGCCUCUCUCGCCUCCACAGGGCCUGUCAUCUUGGAGCUGCGGGUCUGUCCAGACCCAAACUCCUGAUUUUAAGAUUAUAAGUGUUUUCAGACUGUGAACCCUGAGAGGCCCUUCAGUGUCACACACGCAUUCCUGGGAUCGCCUUGUCCCCAAACGCACUGGUAAUUGUGGUCCGUCCUGGCACCUGAUUCACGGUUCUUGUAACGAAAGACCCCUGACUGCUGUGGACGGAGACCCAAGCUGUAAUUUUACCGGAUAAAAUUGGAGAGAGGGCAGCAAGGCUCCGUCUCCCUGUUUCCCUCCUGGUGAUUGGAGGCUGUAAUUGGGUUUAUUUAGCUUAAGGCUUGCGUUGAGCAAAGGGUGUGGCCUGGAAUGCAUCCUGGGGGCCUUUCCCCUUGUGUGGCGGCCUCUGUCUGUAUGUCUGCCCAUCCGCCCGUCCCUCUUAUGUCUGAGGCACGGGUGGCCUUUGAGCUACGAAUCCUGUGUGCGGCCCCAGAGUUGGCGGUGGUGCUGGAGCGCCCAGCGCAGGCGGGGUGCUGGUGCAGUGAGGCGGGUCUUCCCAGCCGGGGUGUCUGCCCCCUGCUUCUCGGAACCCAGCUCACUGGGGAGGGGGGAGGACAAGCACGCAGGUGCCUGCGCACCUGGUGUCCCCAGUCUUGCUUCCCUGGGGAUCCUGCUUUGGGGGCCGCUGCCAGACCUGGUUGCCCGGGACGCUUCGAGAACCACCGGUGCGCAGUGGAUGCCCCGCCCGCCUUGAGGAGUGUGGGCACCGGGCAGGCAGGGAACAACGGGCACAGGGUCCGGGUCUCCAAGGGCGGGGGCUCUCGUCUUUCAGCUGUCGGCCGGGUGGACGGAGCCGGGGCUGGGCCUCAUGGCGGACGCGCUCAGCCAGCACCUCUGGCUCUGUUCCAGGACCUGGGGCCUCCAGAGCGGGUGGAAGGCUGGGCCCUUCCUCGCUCACCCUCUGCGUCGGAAGCAGCGAGGGGCAGCGUUUAGGGCAGGCUCAGCUGCAGGGCAGGGGUCUCAACGGGAGACACUCCGUGACCAGGAGGUGCACGCUGUGCCGUCGAAGGGGCUGCUCCCGCCCAAGGGGCGGUGCUCGGGGAGCAGAAGCUGACGUGCCCGGCUGUCAUCUUGGCCUCCGCGUGCAAUUGCCGUGCCGGGGGUGCUCCGGGUGGCGGGUCUGAUCUGUUUUCACCCGGCCUUCCUGACGGAAGUGGAGCGGGCAGGGUGGGGCCUGAGCCCGGCACCCAGGACCGCGGCUGGAGGUGCCGAGUGACCGUCCUCCUCCCACAGGGACCAGUCCAACGUGCGGAGGAUGCACACGGCCGUGAAGCUCAACGGCGUCGUCCUUGACAAGUCCCAGGAUGCCCAGCUGGUCCUGCUGAACAUGCCGGGCCCCCCCAGAAACCGGCAGGGGGACG